AUGGCCACAAACCGCUAUAUCGGGAUACCAGUCAUAGACGAGGAGAUGAAAACUGAUGGCGGGAGUCAAAUGAUCGAAAGAUCGACUCUUUUCAAGACACGAAGUUUAUCAGAUGGAGGGGGAACACAACUAUCAUCGUCACCACAGAUCCUUGAAGCCUCUCGACGCAUGUCUAAGGAUGAUACAGAUAGUUCUUUGACAAAGGAUAAGAAUCAAGAUCCAUCUGGCCUUUCCGUAGCUGUAACAACGACAACGACAACAACCACAGCUACAACUACAACUUCAACUUUAACUUCAACUUCAGCCAUAGCUACAGCUACAUCAGGAACCGCCACUCCCGUCACCCCGCGACGACCAGAUUUCCUAAUGCGCGGUUUGCCACUUCAAAUGUCACAGUGCGAUCCCAUCUCUUCCACCCAAACACCCAAUAACGCUAAACUCGCCCCUCUUUCCCCUAAACUGGACCACUCACAAAUAUAUGCAUCACCAACUAAUAUCCUACCUCGACGUUCUCGAGGUUUGGACUUUUCAAGGGCUGCUACCAGCCUACAUCACUCUACUUUAGCUGAACAAUCAUCCCCUGAUUCAUCACCCACCAUCGGUGGCCGCGCCAUGUCUAUCCCUAGCUGCCGCAGUGGUGAGUUUGGCCAAGACCAACAAGUGAACUCCCUUUGGUCUAUGAUGGGAAGCCAGAAGCGUCCAAACAUCUUUAAUUCUGUGGGAAAUGCGAGUACCCACUCCAUCGCAUCAGAUUCCUCCUCUAACUCAGGUGAUGAUGAUUUCAUGGAUGACGAAAUGGAAGAUGCUAUUUUCAGCAGUGCCCAAGUUACUAAGAGCCAGCAAUCUGGCCCCAGUAGCAAUGUGGUCCCAUGGAUGCCUAGCACAUCGUCGGCUAUGAAUAGUUUGCAAAGUUUCCGCACACGCCGUCGCAAGCAUCCGAAGAAGAAAGUACGCGGCCUCAACGGACUCGGAUUUAGUCCUGCUGCAGCCGGUGCAUUUUCUAAAUCGCCACCUCAGAAUGCUAUGAAAGAGAUGAGAGAUGGGCCUAUUCCCCACGCGCGCCGCGAAAGCAUUAGCUUCGCCGCUAACCAGCUGCAUAUCUCAGGUAGUGAAAGCGAAGACAGGCCCAUGGAAUCCGGUGAGGCCUUAUCAAAUGGUAUUAGAGGUGUGGUCAAGCGAGCUGUUACAAGGAGAGGUAAUCUACUGCCUAAGACAAAGGGGUUCGCGCGUAUUCGCGCUGCUCUUGCGGAGGAAAACGCACCGGUGGAUUCGGAAGUACGCCGAGAGGCAGAAGUGAUUCGACAAGUUCGUGAAAGCGAUGUGAACCUCGAGCCUCGUGUACCAUCAGGGCCACACGCACCUUUAGACAUACCAAACCAUUCUACCACCCAAUCCUCUCCGACUUUGGCUACUACGCAAGAGUUUCUGGAUGACAUUCCUGAGGAUGAUAUGAUGACUGACGCGGCCUUGUCGAGCAGUUUCAAGCAGCAAGCGAUGAAGAAUUCAAAGGGUAGAAAUUUUUGGGAAGCCUUCUCUGAAACUAGCAGCGUAGCGGGCUCCCGCACAACGCCUCCGCCCUCAGCCUUCAUGCCCAGGGGAUCCUCAUCCGGGAUGAGCGAAGACGUCAACAUGGAUUCGCCUGGCGCAAACCUUGGGAUGGGGGGCUCGGGCUAUGAUAGUUUACGAACAGAUGCUACGCAGCAGGCUACUCUGGGCUUACUUUCACAAGGGGGUGGCAUUCCGCCAACUGCAGCCGAGAUUACUAGACGAAUCAACAACAAACGUCGUCGGGAUGAUGACUUUGACCCCCAUAGCUUCAAGCGCCGGGCGGUCAGCCCCGGAAUGAACAGCGUGCACAAUUCGCCUAUCACACAGAGUCCUUUGCAACGAGACAUGCCCUGGGGCUCCCGACCGGGUAGUAAUCACGGCGCAGACAAAGCCUCUGCUACUCCAAGUGAGAACGGAAGUUCUGGUGGAAACGCUAGUGGGAGACCGAUUAAUAGUGUCAAAAGCCGUGUCGGGUUUCAGGGUAUGGUAGAUACAAACGACGGGCUGAUGCGCAUGAGCAUCGAGUAA